AUGGCUCGCAUCGCGUCGCUUCUUGUUACUGUCCUUGUGACAGUGAACGCCGUUGCUGCGAUUGGUCAGAAUGCGACAAUUGCCUUCGAGCCCUCGACAGGAAGCUAUCUCCUGGGCGACAAGUCCAGUGCAGUCAGAGUCCUGGUAGAUGGCAGUGACUGGAAAGGCGUUAAGAAAGUUGCCAAAGACCUUGCUACCGAUUUCGGCCGGGUUACGGGACUCAAUGGCACUGCGACGGCUGGGGGAGCAUCGUGUCUGCCGAGGAGCUCGAAUGGCACAGCGGCUGCUGGAAUCAUCAUUGCUGGCACCAUCGGCAAGUCGAAGUUGAUCGACAAUUUGAUCAGUGCUGGCAAGAUUGAUGUUACCGCCAUACAGGGGCAGUGGGAAGCAUUCACUUCUCAGAUCGUCAGCUCGCCGGUGGCCGGCGUUGAGAAGGCUCUCGUCAUUGCUGGAAACGACAAGCGAGGUACCAUAUAUGGUCUCUACGACAUAUCGGAACAGAUUGGCGUAUCUCCGUGGUACUGGUGGGCCGAUGUGCCUUCUAAGUCUCACUCUGCUAUCUAUGCUUUGAACGUCAACAAGACUCAGCCGUCGCCGUCGGUCAAGUACAGAGGCUUCUUCCUCAAUGACGAAGCGCCAGCCUUGACAGGCUGGAUCAACGCCAAGUACCCGCCUGCCAAGUACGGGCCGGGGUACAAUGCUGACUUCUAUGCCACUGUCUUUGAGUUAUUGCUCCGGCUCCGUGCCAAUUACAUUUGGCCCGCAGGCGCCGACUGGGGCCAAACCUUCUUUGUUGAUGACCCGCGCAAUCAGCCCUUGGCUGAUGAGAUGGGCAUCGUCAUGGGAACAAGUCAUACCGAGCCGAUGAUGCGAGCUACCAAGGAAUGGAGUCUGUUCGGGAAUGGACCUUGGCAAUGGAAUACGAACAACGCUUCAAUCAUACCAUUUAUGCGCGAUGGUGCAGUGCGGGCGAAGCCAUACGAGGGUGUCCUCACCGUUGGUAUGCGUGGUUCAGGCGACACAGCUCUCGGAGCAACCAUCCAAACCGAGCUUCUCGAAGACAUCGUAACCACCCAACGAAAUAUCAUUGCUGAUGUUUACGGGGCCGAUAAUGUGACGAAAGUGCCUCAAAUGUGGUGUUUGUAUAAGGAAGUUCAAGGAUAUUACGAGGCUGGUAUGACCGUGCCGGAUGAUGUUACCCUCCUCUGGGCCGACGACAACUGGGGCAAUAUUCGUCGCCUACCUCUCGACACGGAGCGCAAUCGUUCUGGAAAUGCUGGAGUCUACUUCCACUUUGACUAUGUCGGGGAUCCAAGAGAUUACAAGUGGAUCAAUACAAUUCAACCACAGCGCACUUGGGAACAGAUGAAUCUGGCUUAUGAGCGGAACGCUAGACAAAUUUGGGUCGUGAAUGUUGGAGAUUUGAAGCCUCUGGAGAUUCCGAUCAGCCAUUUCUUUGAUCUAGCCUACAAUUUCGAACGAUGGUCCGUGGAUAGCACAGAGGAAUGGAUGAAACUUUGGGCUGCUCGAGAGUUUGGCGACGAGGCUGCCAAAGACAUAAGUGAUGUGCUGAACAAGUACUCCCGUCUCGCUGGUCGUAGGAAGUUCGAGCUGGUAGAUCCAACGAUUUAUAGCGUGAUCAACUACGAAGAAGCCGAUCAUGUCCUUGCUGAGUGGAAUGACUUGGCCAAGAAAGCGCAGAGUCUCUAUGACAGCCUUUCUGCAGAAGCACAGGCCGCUUUCUUUGAAUUGAUCCUGCAUCCCGUCCUCGGGGGCGCUGCAGUCUACGAUGUUCAUAUCAGCUCGGCACGAAACAUCAUCUUCGCAAAUCAAGGUCGCAAUAGUGCCAACUCAAUUGCCGAACACAUGUUGUCUCGCUUCAAGGACGACCAUGAGCUUACUGUCCGAUACAACACGCUCCUGAAUGGAAAAUGGGAACACAUGAUGGACCAGACCCAUAUUGGCUACGUUUAUUGGCAACAACCUAUGCGCCAAAUCACCCCGCCCGUGCAAUAUGUGAUGACGUCUGAGCGCUCUCUGCGUGGUGAUCUCGGUAUCUCCACUGAAGGCACGAAUGCCUCAGUGCCCGGCGAUGACUAUUGGCAUCCACUCAAUGGCGCCAGCCUCACAAUGAUCCCUAUCGAUCCAUAUGCACAAACAAAACGGUAUAUUGACGUGUUCCAAGUCGGCACAAACUCCAUGACCUGGACAAUUCAAGCGCCGAGCUACCUCAAAUUCACCGAAACGACCGGCACUCUCGCACCUACAGACCCGGAUGUCAGAGUGUACGUCAGCGUAGACUGGAAGGCAGCACCGGCAGGAAGUUCGUUGGCCACAAUCAAUGUGACCUCUUCCAAUGAUUAUGGUACUCAGUUUUCAAUGCCGUCCAUUAUCCUGCCUAUCAAUAACACCAUUCUUCCCAGCUCCUUUUCAUUGGGGUUUGUUGAGUCUGAUGGGUACAUAUCUAUCGAGGCCGAGCACUACUCUAGCAUCACAAAAUCGUCCUCUGAGGCCACCUACAAGACAAUUCCUGGCUUCGGUAAGACCUUGUCUGGUGUCUCCCUCUUGCCAGGGACAGCACCUUCUCAAACCACCUCUUCUGGGCCAGCUCUUGAGUAUCCCUUCUACACCUUCAGCACGCCUAAGGCGCCAGCCAAUAUCACGGCCAUUCUCGGCACUGGGUUGAAUGCUGACCCAACAAGGCCGCUACGCUACGCUAUCCAAAUUGAUGAUGCAACUCCGAAAGAGGUGAAAUACAUCACUGAUCAGACCGGUGGUGCUACUCCCGUAGGUUGGGGCCAGGCCGUUGCCGACGCUGCGUGGAAGAGCGUUACAAAUACAACGAUCUCUCCCGGUGCUCACACCCUGCGCUUCUGGGCGUUAGAGCCUGGUGUCGUCUUACAGAAGAUCGUGAUUGACCUCGGUGGUGUUCGACCGUCGUACCUCGGCCCUCCUGAGAGCUAUCACAUCUGA